AAAAUUAAAAAAAAUAAAAAAAUAAAACUGUCACGUUCACAAAAUUGGAGGAGAGUGAAAAGAGGAAGAAUAAAUGUUGUCCUGUGUUUUUAAACAAAAAUACAAAAAAGUUGAACGGUGUUACAAAUUCCAACCUGGCAAUCUUCAUAAUGCGGUUUGACAUAUAUGAGCAAAUUAAAAGAAAAAUACAAAAAAAUACAAACAAGUUUUGUAUUUUUGUAUUUUGUAUUUUAGUGUAAUUAAAGAAAUUCUGAUUUUUGUAUUUUAGUGUAAUUAAUAUAGGUGAAAAUUCUGAUUUUUGUAUUUUCGUUAAGUUUAUUUUUUAAUUAAAUUCUGGUUUUUGUGUUUUCUUGUGUUUUCACUAAGUUUAAUAUUUUAAUUCUGAUUUUUGUGUUUUAAGGAAUAAGUUUUAAUUCUGGUUUCUGUAUUUUCGUUAAGUUGAUUUUCUUAUUAAUUCUGAUUUCUUAGUUUCAGAAAAAGUUUUAAUUCUUUUAUUAAUUCUGAUUUUUGUGUUUUUGUUCUGAUUUUGUGUUUUUUCUUUUAUUAAAUUCUGAUCUUUGUAUUUUUUCAUUUUAAAAUUUUCAGAAUAAUAAUUCUGGUUUUUUAACUUGAACUUAAUUAAUUUUCUUCCCUUUAAAAUAACGAGAACGAAUUAUUCUUUAAUUUUCAAAUCAAAAAUUAAUUUUUGUAUAUUUUAUAAAAUUAAUUCAGUUAGUUUAAUUAAAUAUUAAAUUAAAAAUAAAUAUUCUGAUUUUUAAAAUUAAUUUUUAAUAUUUAUUUAGGAUGGUCUUUUCUGAGGUUGUCGGCACCCUCUCUUUUCUUCAGCCACAAGCCGAUGAUGAUAUGACUGACCGCUUACACUAUUACUAUACAACUACAUUUUUGUUGGUCACAUCGGUUUUAAUAAGUUUAAAAAUGUAUGGUGGAAGACCUAUUGAGUGUUGGAUGCCCGCAGAAUACCAAUCUUCAUGGCAGGAAUAUACCGAGAUAUACUGCUUCUCGAUGAACACAUACUUUACUCCCUUUGAUAAACAAAUACCCGAUGAAAGUGAAGUGCGUGAAAAAAAUAUGAUUAGCUACUAUCAAUGGACACCUUUCUUUCUUGGUAAAUUAAAUUUUUAAAUCUUUGAAUUUAAAAAUUGAAAGAAAAUUUAAAAAAGCUGAGGGAAUACCUCUACCUAAGCACAUAAAUUCUCAAUAUUGCCCUACCUAUUUUAGGUGACCAAAUUUUUUUUUAUAAAUGGAGGACUGUGAAAUGUAUGUAGAUAGUAGGGAUGGGUUUCUUCAUUUUUUCCAAUCUCCUCCCUUCCGCAUCCAUUUUUAAUUUUCUUUCGUUUUUUAAACGAUGAGGGUCUAAUAUGUGGUGUCAAGUCGUCGGGUUUUCGAAAAAUCGAGGCAGCUAUGCCCACAUAAUUUUUUUCUUUUUU